AUGAGUUGCAAUGGGUGUAGAAUACUUCGAAAAGGCUGCAAUGAAAAUUGCUUGCUUAGACAAAGUUUGCAAGGCAUUGAAACUGCAGAAGCUCAAGCUAAUGCUACUGUUUUUGUCGCCAAAUUCUUCGGCCGGGCUGGCCUCAUGUCCUUCCUUUCUUCGGUCCCGGAGUCCCAAAGAUCAGCGUUGUUUCGAUCUUUAUUGUUCGAGGCGUGUGGAAGGACAGUAAAUCCAGUUAAUGGAGCUGUGGGGUUACUGUGGGGAGGUAACUGGCACGUGUGUCAAUCCGCGGUGGAGACAGUUUUGUGCGGCGGCGUUUUACAGCCGUUGCCGGAGUUUUCUGGGUUUUCUCAGCCCCCGGAGUUUGAUGAAAGAUCAGAGGAUCUAUAUGGAUCAAAAGAUUUGAACUUGAGGCUUAAAAGAAAUGGGCUUGAUAACACGUCACAAGAUUUGGAUCUUGGACUUAAAGCUGGAUUUCCGGCGAGAAUGACGGCCGGCGGUAGGAAUAACCGGAGGACGGUAAAAAGGAGAUUGGCAUCGCCGCCAUCGGAUAAGUCUGAAACGACCACGUUGGAGAGUGGUUUGAUGUAUGAUCAAGAAUUACAACACCAUGAUGGACAUGAAACAAAGCUCUUGAGACUAUUUGUCUAG